UUUUUAUCUUGAGUGCAAAUUAAAAUGGAAAUAUAAAUGCGUUCGUUGUGCAUUCAUACCAACGACAGUUAGUAUUCUUGGUGCUUUCACCGUUUCAUUUGUGUUUUUUGUGCUUCUAUGAAAGUCAGACAUGGAAAACUUUUGGAAUUGCAUUGAAUUUAUAUAGGAAAUAUUAACAUAAAAGAAAAAUCACGUUUUCGAGUAGAGUUCGGUAAUUAUACCUCUACCGCGUUUCAAGUUUGAAACUACGACUGAUGGUGACAGCAUGGGCAACAAUUGUCUCGUACAAUAAAUAUAUUCAAAUUGACAAUAAGGUGUUCUGUUUUAAUCUACAAAAAUCAAUUGAUAUGAAACGAAUUCAUUACUAUUAGCAAUUCUUACAUCAAAAUUUUUAAUAAAGAAAAAAUAUUAUUGAAAAAAAAUUAAAUUGAAAAAUCAGCCUGAAAAAAGAAUUUUAUUUUACAAAAACAAAAUUGCCCUUCAAUUAUUUUUGUGAUAUUUCAAUCAUAGAAAUCUACGGAGAAUUUGUGAAUAGAAAAAGUAGUGAAUAAUAAAGCAAUAGUGGAAUCGAGCACAAAACGAAACUUUACCAAGAAUCAUGAAACUCUUUCAACUAUUCCGAAAGUAUUUGGCCAUUGUGGGAACUGAGCCACUCCAGGCAUUUCAAAAGAAUCAUUCAAUGAUCAUGUUCCUCAAGAGAUUAUCAGUUCUUAUUGUCUUGAUAGCAUGCUUAAUAUUUUCGACUGUUUUUUUUGGAUAUGAAGCCAAAACGAUUGGCGAAUAUGCAGAUUCAUUUUAUGCGUCCGCGGAUUUGACUAUCACUCUUCUUCUGUUUGCAAUAAUUCUUCGGAAAAUGGAUAGCCUAUUUAAAUGGUUUGAUGACUUUGAAAACAUCAUUGGACAGCGAAUGGAGAAUCCGAAAUCAAAGUCAACAUACGUAAAAUUGAAUGAAAAUAUCGAAAAGUGGACCGGUGUAUUUUAUUCCAUCAUUGUGGAAUUGUCAGUUAUAGCAGUUUUGAUGCCGCAUCUCAUUAUAAGUUUCUAUCUUUAUUUCGCAACCGAUCUUGGGCGCGAAGCCUUCAGCCUACCAUUUCAAGUCUGGACUCCAUUUGACUGGAGAACACCAAUUGGAUAUUUGAUCAUUUUUACAUUCGAAUGCUCAGCGGCUUAUUAUACAACUCACAUGGCUGCCUGUUGUAUUGGCAUUUUAGUUGCAUCCUGUUGUAUAAUAUUCACGUUUUGCAAUGAGAUCAAUAGCGAAAUUCAUGCCUUGGAUGAGAGUAACAAAGCCGAAGAAUAUUCAGUGGAACCUAAGAAAAGAGUUGCCGAUAUGGUUGAAUUUCAUGCGACAGCUAAACAACUUGUUUUCGAUAUGGACGACAUCUAUGCGUUCAUCGUUAUAGGUUACUUUCUUUGGAGUCUGUCAACUAUUUGCUGCAAUCUUUUGCUAAUUCAAAUAGAAUCAGAACGAGGUGAAGGUAUCGAUCCACUUCAAAUGAUUAAACCGUUAUUUCAAACAUUUUGGUCAUUCGCCGUGCUUUUUCUUAUUUGUGAAUUCGGACAAACGUUAACCAAUCAUUUCGAUCAACUAAAAGACGUCAUCUAUGACUGUGACUGGACUGCAUUCCCGAAAGAUAUGCAAAAGAUAUUGCCGAUCAUCAUCCAGAAUACUCAACGGCCAGUUGUUCUUCAGAUAUGUGAAGAUUUUUCAUGUAGUCGUGAAUCGUUUAAAAAAGUGGUCAACGCGGGAUUUUCGUUUUUUAUGGUGUUCCGUGAAUUUCGAUGAGUUGCCAAUGUCUCUGGCAACUGAAAAGUUUGAUUCGUUCUAAAUUUACUUUCAAGAACUUAUCAUAACAUUCUUUAUAUUGAAUUAACUGACAUUUUGCCAGUGAAAUUAUUAUACUAUUCAUUUAGUUAGAGUUUAAUGUAAGAAAAUUAUAAUACUCAAAAGAAUAUAUGACAAAUCAAGGAAAUUCCCCAGUGAACAAUUCUUAGGGGAAUUAUGUGUAGGUUGACCCGCACCAAUCAUUUUAGUCAUAACUUUUUAUGGAAUGAAGAUAAAUGCACACUUGAUAUACCAUUGGAAAGAGAGCCUAAAAAGCUACAAUUUGAUCAGGAAAUUCAUUAGUUUUUGUUGUAAAAACAAAACAGUUCGGUCAAUUUUCUAAGAGGUCUGAUUUUUGGCAACAAAAUUUUUUCUUUGUAAGUUGACCCACCCAAUUUUUUUUUAGAAAAACAUGCA